GUUUUGCGUUAUCUUAUUUACAUCAUAAUUGGUAAUUUUUUUUAUAAUCGAAAAAUCAAAGUUAUUCACUUUUAAAACCGAUUGAUGUCGUUAAAUUCGACAUAUUCUUAAAACUGUUAAUUACACAUAUAAACGUGGUAUGUUGGUUUCAUGAAAUAAUCGAAGUCAAAAUGGAUAUAACGGCUCGUUACGAGUCGAAAAUCAAGAGAUUAUUAACCAAGUUGUUGGAUCCAACGUACGAAAUCUCCAACGAUCUUUAUUUAAACACUUUCAUAGCACAUCUUUCAGGAAAAUACGACCAAGAUUUCUCUCAAAACAUUCAAAAUCUUCCAAUUUUAACGGAAUGGAUUAUUGAAGCUGUAUCAGUUUGGGAGAACCAUACAAAUCCAUCAAAAACAGCUUCAAUUUUUAUUUUAAACCUCGUUGGGUUACUAUCAAAAAGUGAUGAACGCUUUACGUACUUUAAAACGUUUAAUAUUUAUAAUAGUUUAACGACUUUAUUAAAAAUUAAGUCCCCAGCGACGUCUCCAAUUGUAAAAUUAGGGUUUAUAAAGAUGUUAUCCUCCCUUUUAGAGCAUAAGUUAGGGUUAGAUUGGUUAAUUUCCACUGAUAAUUGGAGAGAAAUAUUAAAUUUUAGUUUACAAUCAAACACAAUUUAUGUAAUUCGAGAAUCCUCAGAGUUUAUUGUUUGCUUGUUAAAAAAAAGCAUUGAUUUUAACGAGAUUUUUUGUAAAUUAGUUGUAAAAAACAUCGUGGGGAAACUAAAUGAGUGCUUAGUUUGCGAAAGUUUUGGCAAAGAAAUCGAUGAGGACGUCUUAAAAAGACGUUCUGAGCCAAUUCUAAAAUUAAUUUUGUACAUUUUCGAUAAUUUUUUAUCCCAAAACGUUAAUAAUUACGAAAAUAACGAUUUCCGCGUCGCUAAUUUAUUCAUUUUAACGUUUUCGAUCGAAAACAUUUUAUGGAACUACUCAAAUUGUUCUAAAUCGAUCGAUUUUACAUCAGAAAUCGAUAAUUGUUUGUUAUUAACGUUCUUUAUAAAAACGGCGUCGAUUAAAUCGCGUUUAAUCCCGCCAGAUUCGCUCCGAUCUUGUGGGGCAUCAAUAAUUAAAUUGUUAUCAUUAAAAAUUUCGAAACACCAACAUUUAAACGUGCUCAAAAUCUGUUUUUUCGCCAGCCAAAGUUGGAAUUUUUUAUCAAAACGCAUUGAGAAGCCCACGAAUGAAACUGCGUUAUUAAAAUUAGAGAAUCAUUUAGUCCCGAUUGAGCUCCUCCCGAUUAUUGUGGUUACGUUUAAUCAUUGCGGGAAAGUUAUCACCGAUUUGGACAUCGAUGAGAUUCGCGAUGAGUUUAUUUCGAAGUUGUUUAAAACGAUGAGUGAGGGCGUGACGAGGAUUGCGUUUCAAUUUAAGGACCAAUUGAUCCAAUUCCCGGAUAUUUUCCCCUUGGCGAUCGCCGCUUUGAGGAAUAUUUUAAACGGGAGGAAAAAUUUUCGAAGGAGUCGCGCCAUUUUAGUGUUUCAAGGUUGCGUUUAUUCGUUUAAAGACAUCACGAUGUUUCUUAAAGAAUCGAUCGGGGUGAAUCAAGAACAACGCGAGAACGUCGAAAUGUUUUUAAAAAACCCCUCGUAUUUCAUCAACCUCAUUAAUUGCUUAUCCGUUUUAAUCAACGAAAACAACAUAACUUGGUCGGAAAGCGUCGAAACGAUUUGCGUCUUAAACGUAACAAUCGAUUUUUUAAACUUGCCAAUCCCCACCUGGAAUUACCGCGUUAAAAUCGAAGCUUUAAAGCUGCUAAAUUUAUCGAUUUCGAAGUACAUGUCGCCAAAUUUAACUUUAUUACUCGAUAACACCCAAGAUUCGUGUUUGAACCAAUUAGGGCCGUUAUUAUUAAACAAUUUGAGCGAUUUAAACUGGGAAAUUCGCGAUUCCGCCUUAGAGGUGUUAAAAACGAUCUUGGAUUUUUCUUAUUCGAAAUUUCCGGGGUUUCGGGAUUUAAUUAAAACCUCAAAUUUGUUAGAUUUCGUUAUAAAAUUGGUUUUAAAUGAUUCUGAGUCGUUUGUGCGCGCUUCUUGUUGGAAGUGUUUGCAAGAAAUCAUAAAAAUAAACGAUUUUUGGCUGGAAAUCAUCAAUUUGAAGAAAGAUCUAAUUAAAACGAGUUUGAUUCGGGUUAAAUCCGAACCGGAGGCGAUCGUGCGUGUUGAAAUCGCGAAAUUUAUCCGAAUUAUUUAUGAAUAUCAAGAAUUUCCGGGUGAUUUAAUCGAUGUGGUGUAUGAUUCGAUGUUUUAUGCGGCCACGAAAGAUUUUCAUUGGGAGGUGAAAACGAAUUCGUUGGAUUUUUGGGGGAAAGUGAUUUUGAAUCAUCUCGAAGAACAAGGGAUGAUCGAUAAUGCGUUUCCUGAAAUUACAUUUUCAAGGGAACAAAAAAAGAUUAUUCGAUUGACCGAUAACGCGAUUAAAAUACGGUUAAAAAAGGUUUUAAAAAAAUUAGAACUAACCGGGUGUUUAACCGUUUUAAUUCGUGGAUUAAACGACGAUUGUGAUUUAGAAGUUGUUAGAACGUCGAUUGAAAAAGUUAAAAAGUUUGUGAUUUUAUUAAGGAUGUAUAAACUAAUCCCAGAACGUAAAAAAUCGUUUGAAGACUUACAACUUCAAUACAUCCAAAAUUGCAAUCAAAUCCCAUCUCAAAGUUGUAGCUUAAAUGUAGCAGAAAACGACCAAUUUGUAACAGAAAACACAAAUUUAUCCAUUUCCGAUCAGAUAAUUAACGAAAUUGUGAACACAACUGAUUUAAAUUUGUUAGAAAAUGUUUCAAAUUCGCUUUAUGUCGAAGAGAAUUUCGAAGGGAUUGAGAAACGUAAUCAAUUGAUUAGUGUCGAUGAUUUUUUAAAGGCGAUUGAUACCGAUUUGGACGCGAUUUUGCGGUCGAAAACUUCGUGGUUAGCUACUUUGGAUGAUUUUGGGUCUUUGUUAGAUGAUAUAUUAAAAGAUUACGAUACUAAAAGGUGCUCAAAAGUUAACGAAAUGGAUUGCUAUUAGACUGAAAAUUUAAAAUGUGUAAUAAAACACAUAAACACUCCAAAUAUUUAGGAUUUAAACUGAAAAAAAAAAAAAAAUAAAUAAAUAAUAGGAAAAAUUAGAAUAAGAAACAAACUGUUAUUUAAGUUUAGUUUGCGUUAUUUUGUUGAAUAAUUUUUAGGUUUGUAUUAAACGUUUAAUAAGAAAAUAUAUAAAAUGUACUUGAGGGAUGAUUUUUCGUUAAUUGUUACGUGUUCUGCCAUUCCUUCACCGAUCUUUAUUCCUGUG